CUAUAAAAUUACUUUGUAUAAUUUACCCUAUGGAAUGGAUAUUUUGUGGAUCAGUCGAAUUAAACAUCUUGGACUUGACACUCGUGUUUCAUUGUAUAUAUUACAGUGGCGACGAGGAUUAAAAAAAAUAUACGCGCAAGGUGUUAUUUUGCGCGGCGUGCAGACAUUUAGUGUUGUGCGGCGUAUUUACACUUGUUUACGUUCGAUAAUGUCGGUGGGACUAAUCGGCGCCUUCGAUGUGCGGAGUGCCGCGUGGGCGUCCUACGUGGACCGGCUGGAGAUGUACUUCGUUGCCAACGGAAUCAAGGCGGAGGUGCAGCUGCCGACGUUGAUCGCAGUAAUGGGGGAGGAAGCAUAUGAACUCUUAGUGAAUUUGGCCAGCCCCAGGAAGCCUUCCGAUCUGAAGUUCAAGGAUGCGGUGGAUUUAAUGCAACAGCAUCUGGAACCGACGCCGUCCGUGCUCGCGGAACGGUACAAGUUCAGGCAGCGCAGACAAGCCACGGAGGAAAAUGUAUCUGAAUACGUGGCGGAACUUAAGAAACUGUCACGGUACUGUGCCUUCGGAAGCAACCUCAACGAAAAUCUACGCGAUCAAUUUGUGUGUGGCCUCCGCAGUGAUGUCAUACGGCAGCGCCUAUUCGCGGAGGACGACUCGUUGACCUUCACGAAAGCAGUUAAAAUAGCAAGCACGUUGGAAGCGGCAGAGCGGGAUGCGGCGGCUGUGGAGAAGCCUCUGGACGAUGGCAGUCAAGCGACGCAGGCUGUGCAUGCGUUAAGGCAUAGCGGGGUGCGUAGUGUUCUUACUAAGGAAAUAAGAGGCAAGGGGGCGCCGGGCGGCGCGCCUGGUUCGCGUGGCGGAGCGACUAGUGGACGCAGCGGUUCAGUCGGUGCGAUGAGCUGGCGCGGCGGAGCGGCCGCCGGAGAGAGAGACAUAAGCCGCUGGUGCAGGCGGAAGGGACAUUUGCGGCGCGUGUGUCCUGAGCGCGGCAGUCGUGGUUCCGGCGGGCAGCGGGCCGCCGACCGCGCCGAGCUGAACUACGCGGGAGCUGAUGCAGAUGACCCUAACGAGGAGGGCCUGGAAGAGAACUUCCACCACCUCUGCCUCAACGAUUACAGACCGGUGAGUCUCCCCGUCGUAGUUGACGCGGUUACCAUUAAUAUGGAAGUUGAUACUGGCUCGGCCGUAUCGUGCAUAAGCGCUGACACAUACAACGAGUACUUCAAGCAUCAUCAUAUACAAGAUAGUGCAUUAAUUUUAAAUUUUUAUGACGGCUCAAAAAUAAAGCCGCUAGGUUUAAUAAAACCAAUGGUCCGAUAUGGUGACCACAAAAAAAGGUUAGAAUUGUUUAUUAUCAAGGGUGGUAAUACAUCGUUACUAGGGCGACAAUGGCUCACUGAGUUAAAUAUAAAAGUCCCAAUGUUGAGUAAUUGUCAUAAGAUGGACAUAAACAAUGAUAAAGUUAAAUGGUCUACGGAGUUAAAUAAAUUAUGUUCUAGGUAUAAGGAACUAUUCAGUGGCGGACUCGGUCGCUUUACGGGCGGCCAGGCUACGCUGCGUGUGCGGGAAGGGGCAACGCCGGUGUUCCACCGCGCGCGGCCAUUGCCGUACGCACUGCGUGAGCGCGUCGACGCCGAGCUGGACCGCAUGCUGCGCGACGGCGUCAUCGAGCCCGUCGACUGCUCCGACUGGGCCUCGCCACUAGUACCGGUAAAUAAAGCGGACGGAUCCUUGAGGGUUUGUGCUGACUAUAAGGCUACGUUAAAUCCGGUUUUACAGAUCGAUCGCUACCCCUUGCCGCGGAUCGAGGAUUUAAUGGUUAGGUUAAGCGGGGCUUGUUUCUUUUCAAAGAUUGAUUUGUCGCAGGCCUACAAUCAGAUUGAACUAGACGACACCAAGAAAUACACCGUUAUUAAUACGCACAAGGGGCUAUAUAGAUAUAAUAGGCUCGUUUACGGUUUGGCGUCAAGUCCGGGUAUAUUCCAGCGCAUUAUGUGCAAUCUCUUACGGGGAAUUGCUAAUGUGGAGAUAUUUUUAGAUGACGUCAUCAUAGGCGGUAAAACAAUUAAAGAGCAUUUGGAGGCAUUACAGACUGUCUUUAGUAGAUUACAUAGUUCGGGUCUCAAGUUAAAAUCUAGCAAGUGUGUGUUCCUAGUUAAAGAGAUUCGAUACUUGGGUUACGUAAUCAGUAGGGAAGGGAUCAAAACGGAUCCAUCGAAAAUCGAAGCCAUUGUGAAACUUCCAAGGCCGAGUAACGUUUCGGAACUUAGGUCAUUUUUAGGAAUUUUAAAUUUUUACGGGAAAUUUAUAAAAAACAUGAGUGGCAGGUUGGUUCCGUUAUAUGAGUUGUUAAAAAAAGAUAAAGAGUGGUACUGGUCGGCGGAAUGUGAAAAUGUGUUUAUUAAAAUUAAAAAAAUACUAAGUAGCGUGGACACCCUAGCGCAUUAUGAUUCUAGGAAACCACUGGUAGUGACGUGCGACGCGAGUGGGCGCGGCAUCGGUGGCGUGUUAACGCAGAUCGACGCCGGCAGCGGUGGUGAGCGCCCGAUUGCGUAUGCGUCGCGCACGUUGACCGAUGCGGAAAAAAACUAUUCACAAAUACAUCGCGAGGCGUUGGCUAUAAUUUUCUGUGUAAAUAAAUUUCACCAAUAUUUAUAUGGCCGACAUUUUACGUUGCGGACAGACCACAAGCCUCUUGUAUCAAUUUUCGGACCGAACACAGGCAUCCCCGCAAUGGUAGCUAGUCGUAUGCAGCGGUGGGCUAUUAUCCUGUCGGCUUACUCGUUCGACAUUGAAUAUGUGCGAACAGAUGAGAAUAGCGCGGACGGUCUGUCGCGGUUACCAAUCGACUGUAAUAAACAAAGCGAGCCGACGCCACCCGAGCAAACUUACUUACAUUGCAUUCAGGAUUCUUUAGGUUUAGACUACAAUGAAAUAAAAAACCAGACAGGACGGGAUCCAAUACUGGCUAGGGUAUUGCUAUACAUACGAGACGGUUGGCCUGCAAACUGCGAAUUGGCAAAUUUGAAACCGUACUGGAAUAGGCGAAAUGAGUUGUACGAGGAAUUAGGGUGUGUUAUGUGGGGGCACCGGUUAGUGGUGCCCGAACAAUGUAAAAAUAAAAUUUUAAAAAUUAUUCACGAACCCCACAUGGGCAUAGUAAAGUCAAAGGCGCUCGCCCGCAGCUACGUGUGGUGGGCGGGUAUCGACGAAGCAGUGGAGCGCGCGUGCCGGGAGUGCGAGACGUGCGCGGCGCAGGCGGACGCGCCGCCACGGCAGACGCCGCGCAUGUGGCCCUGGCCCUCGCGCCCUUGGACCCGCCUCCAUUUAGAUUUCUUGGGGCCAAUUGGGGGGAAAACAUUUUUGGUGGUAGUGGAUGCGAUGUCGAAGUGGAUCGAAGUUUUCCACAUGACGGGGGUUUCGGCGAGCUAUUUAAUUGAUCGUUUGAAUGAAUUAUUCAGCCGGUUCGGUAUACCAAGACAGAUCGUCACGGAUAACGGUACUCAGUUUUCCUCAAAGGAGUUCGAAUAUUUUAACCGGUAUUACGGCAUACAACACAUUUUUACUCCACCGUAUCACCCAUCGUCGAACGGGUUAGCCGAAAACGCGGUUAAAACGCUUAAGAGGAUAAUUAAGAAAGCGCUGCAAGAGAAGCGGGAUAUAAACAGGGCUCUGUGGUCGUUUUUACUUUACUACCGAAACGUGGAACAUUGUACGACUGGCGAGAGCCCGGCGAUGCUCUUACUCGGCAGACCGAUACGUACGCGCCUGGAUGCAAUAAAACCGGAUCGAGAGGGCCAAGUGCGUUGCGCACAACAACGCCAGCAGGAGGCAGCCGGCGGGGCCAACCGGACUUUUGGCAAAUCCGAUACGGUUUGGUACAGACAGUAUCUAAAAGGGGAGAAAUGGAUUCCGGGGCAGGUAGUAGACAUCCUAGGGAGUAGUAACUUUAGGGUAAGAGGCUCUGACGGUGGGGUGGUGCACAGGCACAUCGAUCAGUUGCGUAGGAGGCCGAGCGUGGGCAGGCAAUCGUUGUCGUCUGCCCCGCCUGGGUUAGGCGGACAUCCAGUCAGUGCGAACGCUCAAGGGUCAGACUCUGGGGGCGCGGUGUUGGAGGAGGACGAUUCGGAGGGGCCGGCGGGAGCGGGGGCGUCGCGCGUGGUUGAGCCGCCGGCGUCGCAGCCGCAGCCCGCUCCGGCUUCACCGGGCGGGACGGGACAUGUUGUGUCCCCGGCUGCCGCACUUAGAGCUCGCCCUAUUAGGCAGUGCCGAUUAAUUAAGCCUAAGUAAUUAUUAAUAUUGUGGUAUUUUACUAUACUUACGUUAAGAGUUUUGUUGUUAAGUUGUGUAAUUCCCAGUUAGUGUUUGCUUAGUGUUUAAGUAUUUUAUCAUUAUUGUUGUAAGAUAGUUUUAAGAUAGUUCUUAAUUUAGUGUAGAGGAAUGUGAUGUAGGUAGCUAUAAAAUUACUUUGUAUAAUUUACCCUAUGGAAUGGAUAUUUUGUGGAUCAGUCGAAUUAAACAUCUUGGACUUGAC